CCCAUCCGACUGCCUAUAGAAAGCACCUCGAUCCAAUCCCAGGCUAUCCCAUCUAUUACUUUGGGAAGACAAAACUUGUGACAUUUCGACUUGGAUUCUCCAUCGAGUCUCUGGACACAUCGAUACUGGUCCGCCUGGCGUUGAAGAUGUCACUUCUCAGGCAAACUCCUGCAACGCUGCGAACUGGGCUAGGGUCUAGAUCAUUGCACACAAGUCGUGUGUUGUCCAUCAGAGUAUCAGCACCUCGUCGCGAUGCUACUGUCUCUGCAAAUGAGACUGGAGGGUUCAAGUAUGUAGCUGGCGGACCCGUCCUCAAGGGCACAGUGAACGAUGCCAACACCUUCCCCGAGCCAUCCAAGACCCAUGGAUCAUAUCACUGGGCAUUUGAGCGCACUCUAUCAGCUGCACUCAUUCCCAUCCUCGGAGGUGCUGUCGUCACUAGUGGGACCGCUCAUCCAAUCCUUGACGCUGUCCUCGCCCUUUCUCUCGUCGUUCACUCUCAUAUCGGAUUCGACGCUUCCAUCACCGAUUAUUUCCAUCCGAGAAAAUGGCCAGUGGUUGGUCCAAUCAUGACCUGGUUAUUGCGAUUAGCAACUGGAGGUGUUGUCUGGGGUUUAUACGAGUUCAACACAAAUGACAUUGGUCUCACUGAGCUGGUCAGACGCCUGUGGACGGCUUAGUAUGCUCCACAAUCAAUCGUUUGGGCCUAACAGCAAGUAGCAUGAUGUAUGAUUAUUGUUGGA